GUAGAUUAUGAUCAAUCCUCCUGCAAUACCUUCUAUAAAAUCAUUACUACUCUUCUUUUCUGCAACACAGAGAGAGAGUGAGAGAGAUUCAAACACCAACAAAGAAAAGUUUUGUCGAAGAGGGAUUUAAGUUUUGCAGGAAGAUGUUGGAAGGGAAAGCUUUGAUUGAGGACACAGAUAUGCCAUUGAAGAUGCAGAUCCAGGCAAUGGCAUCUGCUUCUCAGGCUUUGGAUCUCUACGAUGUUCUUGAAUGCAAAUCCAUAGCUGCCCACAUCAAGAAGGAGUUCGACAAGAAGUAUGGGAGUGGAUGGCAGUGUGUGGUGGGAUCCAACUUUGGGUGUUUUUUCACUCACUUUAAAGGGAGCUUCAUAUAUUUCACACUAGAGACUCUCAACUUCCUCAUCUUCAAAGGUGCUUCCUAGUGGUAGAGAGAGACAGAGGGUGUUGUGGAAUGUGUGUUAGGACUAUAGGAAAGAAGACAAAGUGUUCAUUUCCUUUUCUAACUUUUUUCUGCUGUUGAGGAACUCCUUUUGAUACUCCUCUUAUGCAGAAGUUUAGGCUGUAACAAAAUAUGAUAUAAUGAUCUGGGCAUGUUCAUGAGAAGAAAUUUGACUGAGGUUUGUAUGAUCAGAAAGGUCUUGAAGCUCUAUAAAUCAUUUAUCUGGAAAAUAUUUGUGGAA